CAUCCAAAUCGAGUUAUUUGACAUUAGAUGAUUUCCUUGGUUCUUGUUUCCCAGCACCAGCACAACCAAUGCAGGAAAUCAAAAGGCUUGAGAGUAUUGCCAAAAAUAGUAAAGAAACGCUAUACACACCAGCUCUGUCAUCAUCUCUACAACUCCUACGCAAGUAUGGAAGUGGGAAAGAAAUUGAAUGCAACCAGCUUGGCGGUGCUAGCGAUGAAACUUGCUUCAGCACUCGAAAGAAACUGUCAACUGAGGAGAUCAUCAGGGUAGCUGGAUCUAGUUUCAUACAAUUCUCAGACCAAAGAUAUGAUGAUUUCUUCAUGCUCAUGCACCCUGUUGGUUAUGCACUCUCAGGCCUAUCCGAGGAAGAAACAAGGGAUGUAGAACUCACUCUCCUUCUUUUAGCCACGGCAGAGAAGGUAGGCGACCAACAAUUUGAUCGUGCUAGCAGAUUGCUCAGCCGUUGUGAAAUGGUUGCAUCCGAGAGAUCCAAUCCACUUCAGAGAGUUGUGUACUCCUUUGCAGAAGCUCUUCAAGAGAGGAUUCAUAAGGCAACAGGAAGAUUCAUUCCAAAGGAAAUGAAGGGAAAACCGAACUGUGAAACUCCUCACGGGUUAAGUACACACCUAGCUCACCUUAGCCUGCAUCAGAAUGUUCCUAUUAAUCAGGUAAUGCAACUCACAGCGAUCCAAGCAAUAAUUGAAAAUGUUGGAUCAGCAAGAAAGAUCCAUUUGAUUGACCUCGAAAUCAGGAGUGGAGUUCAAUGGACAGCCUUGAUGCAAGCUCUUGCGGAUCGUCAACGCCGGCUAGACCAUCUUAAGAUAACUGCCGUUGGCUUGAGAGGCAUACAAAAGAUAGAGGAGACAGGUAAGAGGACCAUGCUCUCAAGGCCAGCUUGCUUGGAAAAUUUGAUGAGAGUGAUUAAAAAUCUUAAUCCUUCAAUAAUGAUCGUCGGCGAAGUUGAAGCGAAUCAUAACUCACCAACAUUUGUGAAUCGUUUCAUUGAAGCACUGUUCUUUUAUAGUGCAUAUUUCGAUUGCCUUGAUACUUGCCUGAAACAGAACACUGAGCACAGAACGAUAACUGAAGCAACCUUCUCUAAUGGGAUCGAAAAUAUUGUGACAAUGGAGGGCACAGACAGGAUUGCUAGAAGUGUGAAGAUGGAUGUAUGGAGGGCAUUUUUCUCAAGAUUUAGAAUGGUGGAAGUAGGAUUUGGUGAUUCAUCCUUGUACCAAGCUGGCUUGAUUCCAAAGCAAUUUCCUUGUGGCAGUUUAUGUACUAUUGAAAAGAAUGGCAAGUGCCUGAUUCUUGGGUGGAAAGGAACACCAUUGCAUUCCCUUUCAGCGUGGAAGUUUUCUAGAGAGAGACUAUGGAGUUCGUUGGCAAAUUAUAAAUUCUGAGACUGCUUUUGUAGUAGCUACGUGC